CAUCACCUCGAGCAACAGAGAUCGUCUUCUCGCCUCAGCACUUUGACAAACUGCUGUUGAUCUCGUCUGCCACGGCGCCCAGUAUGCUCCGCGCAUUGGACCUCCUCUGAGCACCGAUAUUCGCUGUUUCCACGCCCCGAGAGUCAACCCCUCCCUCACCGUUACUAUCGGCUGGGCUGCGAGAAUAUCAUGAGCCAAAGAAGAGCUUGGGAACGCGCAUUAAGGAAAAUGACAAGAGGCUCCUUUUGACCAGCGCUAGAUUCGGCCACGCCUGCUCGUGCCGAAGUCAUGGUCGCCUUUUUGACCUUCUGCCAGACGCCUUUUCAGGGCAGUUUCUUACUAGCUGAGGAUGCAGUUUUGGUGCCUGAUAAAGAGAAGUGCACCCAAUUUGAUGUGCCUACGUGGGGUGACAAUAUUGGUUCUAAGAGGUGAGGCUCAAAAUACUUGCCGAACGCGAACCACCAUCUACCACGACCCAUUGUCCACGAGAACGUGGCUAUUUACUUCACGCAAAGCAGCAAAUGGUGUUGUCAUCUAGAAAUCUGCUUUGCCUUCACAAAUGCACGCACUCUUUCCUAUAGGGACUGGGGCCCGUUGUAUCACAUCGGCACCAAAGAGCUUUAACAAAUGGCUUCGGAAGAAGCGCUGCUCAACCUACAUAAUGCGGCGGCAGCCAGCAAUUUUGUACAUUUGAGGCAUCUGAGACAUCGAAAGGACCGGCAACAUCUUCAAACGAUUUGUAACUCCUGCUGCGCUCUUCCCAAAGACUAAGAUUUGGCUGGCAUUAUGAGGUACGUAGUGCAACCAGCGCCGGACCAGCAGGAACUCCGGGCUUUGGCAAACGUCGACAGCGACCUGACUCUUUGGUCUAGUUCCUGGCUCCCGGAGUUCAAUGGCCCUCGAGAUGGUUUCGAUUAUGAGAACGAGAAUAUAACCUAUCUCACACGCCAGAGAAGGCUUGGGCAGGAGGGAGACUUGGCAGAGGUUUUCAUGCUUGACCUAGACGACACGGACGGUUAUUCGUUCCAGGUCGACAGAGUCCGAAGCUUUUUGAAUGGGACGACUGAGAGAACCAUCCGACCUGAUGAUGCUGAAGACGGGACUUCUCUCCUUUAUGGUGCCUGGCUGGACGAACGCUGUUAUGAACGUGGCUCAAGGGCGUAUUGCAAUCCCCUUACCGCAGAAGGGCUCUCGCAUCAAUUAACGAAACCACGAUUCCGACGUCGAAGGCUUGAUACAAAAACAUCCUCAAAUGCAUCUACACCUCCUUUCUUUCACGGCCUCCGGCACCAAGCUUCUAUCGGGAGUGUAGGUCUGAGGUGGGCCCUAGUACCAUACCACGAACCGGAUGCAGCGAGGCGUUUGAUAUUCAUCACUGAUUUGGAUUCCGAAACUGCCACUGUUCUCAUGAAAACUGCGUCGUAUCAUCAAGCGAGGCCUCUUCGUCACGCUCUCUACCACCACAUUACUAGCCGGGCUCUUAUUACUGUGAAUAUUUCGUCAAGAUUGCCUUCCAACUUUGAGCUGGCAUUCCAUAUGCCGUUCUAUGCUUGGCGAAAUUCUCGCCGUGAAGACCACCGCACAUGCACAGGCGGUGGACCGUUGAGAGAGACGUUGGAUGUCUCAUUCCUCAAUCGGGAACGCGAAGAUCCCCCUCAAUUCCUCUGUAAAGCUCAUUUUACAUGUGUGAUAUCCGGAUCAGAUGAUCGGCAUUGGGUUGCGUACUUCUUCGCCGAUACCUAUUUCGAUGGUCAAGAUGAGGCAAGGGAAACCGUCCACGAAUACCACAAGGAUAAGGAUACCCCGGAGGGCAUGAACGCAGAUCCUUUGACCUACGGCAAUACCGACGCAGACGUUGAUCCGAUCUGGGACCCACGAAAAUACUUUCUGACCAUAUUCAGCUAUAGACUUCGACGAAUAGCACGUGAAUGGUCUCAGGUGGUGACGAGAGUUGAGGAAAGUGUCGUUGGUUUCCGGAAGUCCCACGACUGCCUCUUGUCGCGACCAACAGAUUGCCGGUCCUCCCAAGAGGAUGCGGGUCACAGUGCAAAUCUUCUUCGUUACUAUGAUUGGGUAACACAGACGGAUGGCACAUCAAUGGAGUUGGAAAAGACGUUGGGGGAGAUGGUGGAUGCAAACGAAGCCUGGGACAUCAAAUAUUCAGCUGUCUUCCACGGACUCCCACAAUCGGGAGAUGAGCCGAUCUUAUUACCUGAGAUUAAAGCAAUCUUCGACGAGUUGAAGUUGCUAAAGAAGCGGCUCACAGGGCUCCGUGUCAAGUGCAAAGCCCUUUCUAAAAAGCUUGCACUUCAUCUCCAGCUAGAAGGAGUCAAUGCUGGGAAAACACAGAACCAGCAGGGAAGAGACAAUAAUUACUUCUCCUGGAUCAUGAUGAUUUACGUCUCUCCAAUGGGCUUCACUAUCAGCACCUUUUCGAUGCAAACAAUUUCCUUUCCCCAUGUUGGCUUAAUGCUUCCAUGGUUCAUUUUGCUACUUUCCUUGUUCUGCUCCGUCGGAUUCCUGGUGCAUACAACAGUCUUCCGGCGCUGGCCGCUGGUCAAGUCUUGGAUCUCCCAACUAUGGAUUUUGCAACUAUGCAUUGGGAAAUACGAUAUGCCACAGCUGCUCCGAUGGAGCAAGAAACCGCUGGAUGAUUUGGAAGCUGGUCCGCCGUGCGUCGUCACAGUUGAUCCUUCAUCUUGCAGUGGUCGCUGUAGCGAGCAGGAAACACAGGGCCCCUCAUUACGGGCAGUUUCUAGCGGACUGAACAUUGCGGACCAAUCGGUACGCAGGAGAUCUCUGCCCGGAGUACAAGUGAACGGUCAAGCCUAGUGUUUGAGAGGUGGGUGAUCUUGGGAGAGAAGGACAUGUUUUGAAAUCUGACUGCUGUGCCAAC